AGAGAGAGAGAGAGAGAGGGGCAAAAGGAAGUGACGACCAUGAAGAUCUGAUAAAAAGAGGGAGCGAGGGGAGAGAGAGGGAGAAGAAGGACGUAGAUAAGACUCGUAAUCAUCGUCACCAGUACACGACACGCCAUUGUUUCCUCUUCCCAAUAUACUCGCUUGCUGUUUCGCUCCCGCUUCCUGUUUGCCUUCUUUUAUGAAGCCCACCAACACCACUUACCACUGCAGCAACAGCAAAGACAACAUCAGCAUCAUCAUCAUCAUCAUUUAGAGGGAGCAGAGGAGCGGCGGCGACUUCCAGGAGGAUUAAUUCACCAACUCCUGUAUUGAGGAGAGAGGGAGAGAGAGAGAGAGCGAGGCGUAGGGUGGAUAGGCGGGAGGAUCGGGGGGAGGACGAGGGGAGGGAGUAGUACCAUAGGCUUUAAAGAGCGGGAGGCGCGAGGAGGUUGGCGGAGUAAAGACGCCUUGGGUGGGUAAGCUUGCAAGGGAGGGAAAGGAGGAGGGAGGAGAGCUCCGGGUGGGUUGACUCUGCCGGUGGUAGGGAUGAAGUUCAUGAAGCUGGGAUCCAAGCCGGACGCCUUCCAAUCGGACGGGGGCAACAUCAGGUUUGUGGUGUCUGAGCUACCUACGGAUGUCAGUGUUCGAAUUGGUGAAGUGAGAUUUUAUUUACACAAGUUCCCUCUUCUAUCCAAGAGCAACAGAUUACAAGGGUUAAUUCUCAGGGUUGGUGAGGACAGCACAAAUGAAAUAUUCUUGCAUGACUUUCCUGGUGGACCAAAAGCCUUUGAGAUUUGUGCCAAAUUUUGCUACGGAAUGAUCGUGACUCUCAAUGCCUACAAUGUGGUUGCUGCUAGGUGUGCUGCGGAAUAUCUAGAGAUGACCGAGAAUGUUGAGAAAGGGAAUCUGAUCUAUAAAAUUGAGGUUUUUCUGAACUCGAGUGUUUUACGGAGUUGGAAAGAUUCCAUUAUAGUUCUACAAGCCACAAAAUCUUUGUUACCAUGGUCUGAGGAGCUGAAGGUGGCUGGAAGAUGCAUAGACUGCAUUGCUUCUAAGACAUCUGUAGACCCAACCAACAUCAACUGGUCAUAUACCUACAACAGGAAAUUAGCAGCUUCUGAUGAAAUAGUUGAAAUCCAACAAAGGAUGCAUACAGUACCUAAUGAUUGGUGGGUUGAAGAUAUAUGUGAGCUGGAUGUUGAUCUUUACAGGCGAGUGAUGGUUGCUGUAAAAUCUAAGGGAAGGAUGUCCUCGGACAUGAUAGGAGAGGCCCUCAAGGCCUAUGCGGUGAGAUGGUUGCCCGAUUCUUAUGAUGCCUUGGUUGCUGAUGACUACAUGAAAAGGAACAGGACUCUGGUGGAAACCAUCGUCUCUCUGUUGCCGUCCGAUAAGUGUUCUGGAUGUUCAUGCAGGUUUCUCCUAAAAUUAUUGAAAGUUGUGAUCUUGGUUGGAGCGGGUGACGCGUUGAAGGAAGAACUGAUAAAUCGCAUAAGUAUGCAGUUCCACAAAGCUUCCGUUAAGGAUCUGCUGAUUCCAGCAAAAUCGGGUGGUGAUACAAUAUAUGAUGUACACCUGGUGCAAAUUCUAGUUGGUAAAUUCAUGGUGCACGUUGGUAGCAGUCAUGAUAUAAACUUUGUUGAUAAAAGUGAAAGCAGAUUUGUGGAAAUUAAUACAGAGAACAAAACUUUGCUGCCUAUGGGAAAACUGAUUGAUGGUUACCUUGCUGAAAUAGCGAGUGAUCCAAAUUUGUCGAUUUCUAGCUUUGUUGAUCUUGCUAAGUCGAUUCCUGAUGCAGCAAGACCAGGUCAUGAUGGGUUAUACAUGGCCAUCGAUAUCUAUUUGAAGGAGCAUCCAAACUUAUCGAAAGCCGAAAAAAAGAGGAUUUGUGGCCUGAUGGAUGUAAAGAAGCUCUCGACGGAAGCUAGCAUUCACGCAGCACAAAACGAGCUUCUGCCGCUCCGAGUGGUUGUUCAGGUCCUGUUCUUUGAGCGGUUGAAGGCAUCAACGGGUGUGUCAGCCCCGACCAGUGAUGCUCCACAUGAUGCUUCGAUAUCCCGAGCAACCUUGGAAGAAGAUUGGGAGGGGAGGGUGUCCGAGCAUCACAACAGUCUAAAGCAGCAGCUAGGCAGUUUGAAGAUAAAGGGGGUUGAGUGCCGAAACAGUGAUGAAAUGAAGAGCAGAAGCACGAAGGAAAAGAGCAGUAGCUUGUUGCUACCAUCAAGAUCGAGGAGGAUCUUCGACAAAUUGUGGGUCGGGAAGGGACAGGGAGAGACGAUCAAAAGUUCUGAGACAUCAGGGAGUUCACAAAGCCCACCGAUCUGUGUGAAACCCGGAGAGGCCAAGUCCUCUGGUUCUUCAAGGCGCAUGAGAUAUUCAAUUUCAUAAGAUGAAGUUUCUUCUGUGGAGGUUUCAUUGUAUAGGAAAAGUGUGUUUCAGCUGCUUAGCCUGAUAGAUGCAUUUUGCUAGUGUCCUUUUUUUUUCUUUCUUCUUUCUGUUUUUUUCUUACUAUCAAGGGGACUGACUAUGAGCAGAAAAAAAAUCUGCUUUGUAUCAUCAACACCCUCCUUUUUUUCUCACUGCCUUGUUUGAUGAUAUUUGAAGAACUGUAUUAGACUGUUAAGAUUGUGUAAAUUGAGGAUCCAAGAUGGGGUUAGAUGAUGCAUAUAUAACUCUAACCUUGGGUCUUUGCAUUCAAAUGUAUCUUUGUUUUUCUAAG